AAACGUGUGAUAUAACACCACACCAGUGUAGCUCUGUUUGGUCAGGUAUUUGUAAUUUGUCGCGAGAGAACUAUCACGAGACGGACAGCUAAGUGGAAUGUUAUCGAAAGUCAAGCGGUUUGUCGCAUGUCCCUUGAUUUGAAACAGCUCGUGACUGGAGCCUUGAAUUUUGUUAACGCCGAGAUCUUCUUAAGACGUCAAAAUGGCUGUUGUGAUUUAUUAUUUACUUGCCCAGAAACUACAGAAGAUUCGGUGUGAUUGUGUGAGAAAAAACGGUUCGUUAAAAGCAGUAAUUGGUGUUAUCGCAGCCUUGCUUAUGAUCUCCCUUGUGAUAGGUUUGAGCAUUGGACUCUUAAUCACGCCGCAGUCUGAAAACGUUGCAAUGUCCAAAGUGUACACCAGAGCUGCCAUAUCGACGGACGCUGGUCAGUGCGCAUCAGUGGGAAAAUCCAUGUUAGAGAAAAACGGAUCGGCAGUAGAUGCGGCGAUUGCUACGCUUCUCUGUAUGGGAGUGGUGAAUCCUCACAGUUCAGGUCUCGGAGGAGGAUUUCUCAUGGCGAUUUACCAAAGAGAUGAGAAGUUAGUAAAAGUCUUGGAUUCCUACGAGAUGGCGCCACAAAAAGCCACUGAGGACAUGUACGAUGGAAAUCAAGAACUGGCUCGAGAGGGCGGAUUAUCAGUUGCUUUACCUGGAGAGCUGGCUGGUUACAUAGUUGCUUGGAAGGAAUACGGAAAACUUCCAUGGUCAGAACUAUUUCAACCCGCCAUUGAAAUGUGUGAGAACGGGUUUUUAGUGGGAAGAGAGCUUGGGAUGGCACUUGCUUGGAACAAGAAUUUGAUACGGAAUGAAAGCAGUCUUCGCGUUUUUUUCUGGAACAAUAAUACCAACGAUGUUUACAAAGAAGGCGAGAGGCUGCGCAGACCCAUCCUUGCCCGAACACUGCGCACCCUAUCAAAGAACGUUACCAUCACAACAUUCUUUGGAGAGCUGGAAGAAACUCUUGCAGAAGAGAUACAAAGUUUUGGUGGCAUUAUUACUGAACGGGAUUUCCUUAUGUACACCCCUCUCUGGAAGGAAGCUAUUCAGUUCCGUCUCCAUGAGAACCUGACUUUGUACGGUGUACCUCCACCAGGGAGCGGGGCUUUACUCGGCUUCAUUCUGAAUAUACUGGAUGAAUACGGUUUUGACGAGACUAGUUUCUCCAGUGUAGAACAGAAAACGUUAAGCUAUCAUCGAUUUGUGGAGGCCUGUAAGUAUGCCUUUGCUGUACGAACGGAACUUGACGACCAGGAACAAAAUUCUGAUCCUUCUAAGUACGAGCAAAACAAAAAGACGUUAGUAUUUAAUCAACUUCUGUGUAAAGACGUUAGUGUUAAUCAGCUUCUGUGUAAAGACGUUAGUGUUAAUCAGCUUCUGUGUGAAUACGUUAGUGUUAAUCAACUUCUGUGUGAAGACGUUAGUGUUAAUCAACUUCUGUGUGAAGACGUUAGUGUUAAUCAACUUCUGUGUGAAGACGUUAGUGUUAAUCAACUUCUGUGUGAAGAC